CCAUACGAGUUAUGGUAUUGAAAGAAGCCAUCGUAUGCUCAUCUGCGAGUUUUCGGAUCAGAUGCAUACGUACACGUACCAAAAGAGAAGAGGAAGAAACUUGAUACAAAAGCUAUAAAGAUGACUUUUGUCGGUUAUGCGGAAGGGCGGAAAGCUUAUCGUUUUUUACAUCCGAAUGGUGACUGGGUUGUUAUAAGCCGUGACGCCAAGUUUCUGGAGAUGAACGACGGUCAAGGAGCUGUCCAAAUCAAAAACAACGUGUCGUUAAACGAAGCAGUGCAACCUACAAACAAUCGAACGGAAACGUUUGAUGUUUCAAUAGGCAGUAGCGAAAAGUGCGUUCGCGAUAAUACGACUGAACCUCCACAGGAUGACGACGAAAUUACGGAAACGACGUCAGAUUCUGCAAGUGCGGACAAUGGUGGAAGAGACAGUUCAGAUUUGGAUUUUUCCGUGUUCGAGAAUGCUACAGAAGGAGACUCGCCCUUCGCAGGAUUUCCUCUGGACGAUAUUGCUCGGCGCUCGAAACGAUUCACAAAGGGUGUACCACCACGUAGACUAAUAAAUGAAACUUUAGUGGCAGCUGCAAUGAAUGACGAAGUGGAACCGACGUGUUUACAGGAGGCAUUACAGUGUGACCAAAGUAUGGCAUAG